CGCUUCUUCAAUUUGUAAAUACAUAUGGCGGAGGAGCUUCAAGAACGCAAACAUACCGGUCAUUAUACCAAAUUUUACUCAGGAACAGGACAGUCCUAGAAUCCAAACAACAUGGACUACGAUUCUGAUGACAAUGAGGUCAUUGAAUCUGCCACUGUUGACCUUGGAGAAAAAGGUGGCCUCUCUUCAUGUGGAUAUUGUGGCAAGCUCCGAAACCUUGUGAUCGUAGAGCUGAUGUGUUGGCAGUGUGGUUCCUGGUUCCAUGAAUCAUGUAUCACAUACCAACUUGGCAAAUUGGUACCAUUUAUGCUAAACUACACCUUUACAUGCAAGAACUGUUCAACAAAUGGUGUCGAAUCCUUCAAGAAGACACAAGCCCAGCUGCGAGACAUGUGUGUAACAGCCCUGGCAAACCUACAGCAACAAGCUAUGGCUAAGGAAAAGGAAAGUCGAUCAGGACCUUACCUUUUUAGUCUACAGAGAGACAUCAUUCCCUUCCUGGAACAACAUUGGGAGGCCCUGACCACUGCAGCACGACGUACCACUCAGUCUUGGCAUGCUACUUUGCAGAGAAUUCUGAUGAAAGAGGUAGAUUCCUCUUUUGCUGUAGAAGAAACAAGGAAGAGUGGGGAGCCAGGCCCACACCACCCUUUCUUUGGUUUGCUCACCUCGGACUUGACGCUGAUUCGGCCCAUAGCAGACACCCCUGGUGGGUGGAGGUCCCCUCUCUCCGGCUCCUAUUCCUGGGCUCAACAGCAGACAAGUGUCAAGGGGCGGGGAGCUAAGCGAAAAAUGCCAGACACAACUGCCGGCAACAAGAAAGCACGAGGGGACAUGCCUGCGCCCAAGUUACAUGGAUACCCUGUUGACCACCCUUUCAACAGAGAUGGUUAUAGAUACAUUCUUGCAGAGCCAGAUCCUCAUGCACCCUUUAGACAAGAGUUUGAUGAGAGUAGUGACUGGGCAGGCAAACCUAUUCCUGGGUGGCUUUACCGGGCUCUUAGUCCAGGCGCUGUCCUUCUGGCCCUCCAUGACCGUGCACCUCAACUCCGUACUGCUGAUGACCGGCUGGCAGUAACAGGAGACAAGGGAUACUGCCUCAUCAGAGCAACUCAUGGAGUGAGCCGAGGAACCUGGUACUGGGAGUGCACAAUAGAAGACCAACCUGAAGGCUCUCACACGCGGCUUGGAUGGUGCCAGCAGCUUGCCAACCUCCAGGCACCUCUUGGCUAUGAUAAGUUUGGUUAUUCCUGGAGAUCAAGAAAAGGAACAGUUUUCCAUGAGUCAAGAGGGAAGCACUACGCAGACACAGGCUUCACAGAGGGGGACGUAUUGGGAAUCAUGAUAAAGUUACCAGAGAAAAAUCCUGUUUCCCGCUUUCCUCCCACUUAUAAAGAUAAGCCUUUGGUCAAGUUUCGCUCCCACCUGUAUUAUGAGGAUAAAGAUGACCUUCCUGAGGCUAUCAAAAACCUCAAAGCUCUCAAAGGAUCCAAAAUUCUGUUCUUCAAAAAUGGCAAAUGUAUAGGUGAGGCUUUCCAAGACAUCUAUGGUGGUACAUAUUAUCCAGCUGUGUCCCUAUAUCGAAAUAUUACAGUCUCUGUCAACUUUGGACCUGAUUUCAAGCAUCCACCUAAGGAACCAGAAUUCAGAGGGAUGCAUGAGCGUUGUGAGGAGGCCAUGGUGGAGCAGACGCUGGCAGACAUGACAUACUUUGUAGAGAACGAAGGAAAAUUACGACUUGAUGUUUUUACAUAAGAAAAAGAUGUGUUUCCUGAUUACUUUUUAUACUUCAGCAUUUAAACCGCAUCUAGGAUACAAUAUAAUUUAUGUGACCAAAUGUAUUAAAGAAAAUGAAAAGUGA